GCAAUGGGAUAGAAGUAGAACCAGAAGUAGCAAAAAGAGGGUUUUGUGGGUAGCCAAUUAUUGAUUUCAUAUACAAAAUUACAUUAAAUAGAAGUGGAGGGAUAUACAUAUAGGCCGUAGAGUAGUGUAAUUAGAUGCAUUGAUACAUGAAAUAAUUUUAUGGCCGAUUUAUCGACGGCCAUUUAUGCAGCUAGUACACAUGCUCCCAUUACUCAGAAGAACCUCAACCUCCUUAUUUCCCUCAAUAUUGUCAUCCCUAACCCCUCCAUCCUCGUCUCCACUCCCAAUUUCUCUCUCUAAAUUCAUCAUCAUGGAAACCCACAAUUCUGGGAGACUCGUGGUUUUGGCCCAACAAUUGCGCCUGUACAAGCCGCCGCCGACAUCGGAUGACGACGAGGAGGAGCAGAGGAUGGAGGAGAGUGCAGAGAAAGUGGUUGCGCAAGUGGGUUUCGCAGAAUCCGCAACUUCUGUGGCGCAAGUACGGCCUGCUGAGCGGUUCAGGCCGAAAAGGGCGGCGGUUCUGAUCUGCCUCUUCGAAGGGGAUAAUGGGGAGUUUAGGGUUAUUCUCACUAAGCGAUCAUCGCAGCUUUCUACUCAUUCUGGUGAAGUAUCGCUGCCUGGAGGGAAAGCAGAGGAGACGGAUGCCAAUGAUGCUGAGACAGCAACCAGGGAAGCAAAAGAGGAGAUAGGGCUGGAUCCUUCACUUGUAAAUGUGAUUACUUGCCUCGAACCGUUCUUGUCGAAGCAUCUCCUCAGGGUGAUUCCUGUUAUUGGCAUACUUUCCAACAAGAAAGACUUUAAUCCUUCUCCAAAUGCUGCUGAAGUAGAAGUUGUUUUUGAUGCUCCCUUGGAAAUGUUCCUCAAGGUAUUUUCUAAAGUUCUAUGUUUUCUUUUUUCUUUUCAUUCACGUUAUUUAUUUAGCUCUUGCAGCUGCUAUACACUUGAUAGAUAUUUGCAAUUCCAGGAUGAGAAUAGAAGAUGUGAAGAACGAGUAUGGAUGGGGGACAAGUAUCUGAUCCACUAUUUUGAUUAUGAAAUAAAUGAUAAGAAAUACGUCAUUUGGGGUUUAACUGCCGGAAUUUUGAUUAGGGCAGCUUCAAUUGUGUAUCAGAAGCCACCUGCUUUUAUAGAGCAAAAUCCCAAAUUCAAAGUUCCAAGUGCUGUGCCGAAAGAUACUACCCUGCCUUAAGGUAGCCAGAUAUGUUCAUAUUUUAGUCCCUGUUAUGAAAAAGCAAUCUAGAUUUGUGAAAGUCUCGAACAUUUCCUAAUUGGUAUUCUUAAUUGCUCAAAUAAUCCUAAUUCAUCAUCCUAAUAUUAAUCUAAUACGGGACAGAACUUCUGCUCACUAUUUAUUCACCAUACUUUUGGUCAAGUAUUGGAGAAUCAUAAACUGGGGGAUGCAAUCGACGCUAGCACUGGGAUAAAUAAGUUUGGGAGCAUACUUGCCGGAAUGCUUCUGAUAAGGUAUCUGACCUUUGAUCAUUGUUUCAUCUUCAUCUCCGUCUCUCCUGCUUUCAUCUCUGUCACCUGUCUUAUUUCCUAUAUUUGUGCAGAAUUAUGCAAUUGCAUGAAUACGAUAGGUCUUUGUAGAGUGAGAGUCUUAGCUGCAGAGAACUCGAUUGGAAUGAUGACUUUCGAAUUACUAUGUAAAUCAGCAGAUCACAGUUCUGUUGUUGAAUUUGAAGAUCCCACUGCUUGUUACAUUGAUGUUAGAAGUAGAGAAAUGAUUAGUUCUCAGUGGGUGAUCUUUUGAUUCUUUAGGAGUCCUGUAGCAAAGCUCGAAUUUGAUGACAAUGGUGUUGCGUUGUUGUAUUUGUUGUCCAGAUGCAGCUUUAUUCCCAUAAAUUUCAUGAAGUAAGCUGUUACCAGUGUUAUUAUAUGAA